UUCCAGCCUCACUGAUUUGUACCCACUGACACAUUCAUCUCCCCAAACCAACCCACCAUUUUCAGUGUGCCCUCAAAAAUAACCUUUUAUCAUCUCUACAUACCUCCAUUUUCUCAACCUUUUAUCUCCCUAAUUUGCUUCUUGUGAUCAUCUGUAGCUAACUAGCUAGCUCAAUUUUCUCAAAGAUGUCCUCUGUGUUUUCUUCGGCUCCAGUUGGUGUUGGUGGAUCAAGCUUUAUUGGCCUCAAAAGCACCCUUCUUCCUUCCAAUUACUCCAUUUCUUGGAGCCGCAAAACCGUUUCCAAUGGCUCCAAAACUCUCUGUAUGAAGACUUGGAAUCCAAUUGAUAACAAAAGGUUCGAGACACUCUCCUACCUUCCCCCACUCUCACAGGAAUCUAUUGCAAAGGAAGUUGAUUACAUUAUUAACAAGGGAUGGAUUCCUUGCCUUGAAUUUGAUCAGGUGGGACGGCAGCAGAGGGAAAAUAGCCGAAUGCCGGGAUACUACGACGGCAGGUACUGGACGUUGUGGAAACUGCCGAUGUUUGGGUGCACAGAUUCAUCUCAGGUUCUCAAAGAAAUGGAAGAGUGCAAAAACACAUACCCAAAUGCUUACAUCCGUUGCCUUGCAUUUGACAAUGUCAAAAAGGCUCAAUGCAUGUCUUUUAUCAUUCACAAACCAACCGCCGCCUCCCCCUCCGCCUCAUAUGAAUAACAAACAAAACAAGUUCGCACCGAUUUAGCUCACUGGUUCAAUAAAUAGUAUUUGAUAGAUGAGACCAAAAUUCGAAACUGGGUAGCGAUAGUGUCGGAAUUAUGUCUAAAGUGAACAGAUCCUUUGUGCGCACCAACAUUUAGCUCUGUCUGUUAAGCUUUGAGUUAUUCUGAUUUAUAUCCUCUGGACAUACCUAAAUUCUGUAAUCUGUUUCUUUCUUUCCUGUGGGUAUCUACUAUUCUGGUUUUUCUUUUCCGCUGUUGCAGUACAAAGGAGUGUUAUUUUC